AGCGCAGGGGGGCGGAGCGGCGGCUGUAACAGUAACGUUCCCGGCUGGAGCUGCCGCGCCGACACGGGAGCGGCGGGACGGAGCGGGCCGAGGGGCGGCGGGAGCCUCGGGAGCGUCGUGCCGGGCGGCGCUACGCGGGCACGGCGGAUCCGCGCUGCUCUCGGCGCUGCGUAGGGCGCCCCCCUGCGGCGGGGCGGGCGGGGGCGGGUUGGUUGUCCCGCCAUUGGGGCAGCUGCUGAGGCGGCCGGACCGGGCCGGGGCGCAGCGCCAUGAGGCGGCCCAGCGUCCCGCUCCGCUCCGCCUGACGGGAUCCAUCGCGGCCGAGCACCGUCAUGCGGCCGGCGCUCCGCUAAGCAGCUCGGGCAGCGCUUCGAGCCCGGCACCAUGAGGAACGGCGAGGACCUGGAGGGUUUCGACGGGGAGGCGUCCAGCACCUCCAUGAUCUCGGGGGCCAGCAGCCCCUACCAGCCCACCACAGAGCCCGUCAGCCAGCGCCGAGGGCUGGGCGGCCUCCGCUGCGACCUGGAUUACCUGCGGGGAACCUUCGGCGGGAUCAAGCUGGCCGAGGUGGUUUUGGCACUGAUUGCAUUCAUCUGCAUAGAGACCAUCAUGGAAUGCUCCCCUUGCGAAGGCCUUUAUUUCUUCGAGUUUGUGAGCUGUAGUGCAUUGGUGGUUACUGGAGUUCUGUUGCUUAUGUUCAGUCUAAAUCUUCACACAAGAAUACCGCAGAUCAACUGGAAUCUCACUGAUCUGAUCAACACUGGACUCAGCACUUUCUUCUUCUUCAUUGCCUCUGUAGUACUUGCUGCUUUAAACCAUAAAACUGGAGCAGAAAUUGCUGCUGUGAUAUUUGGUUUCUUGGCAACAGCAGUGUAUGCUGUGAACACAUAUUUAGCUAUUCAGAAGUGGCGAAUGAACAGCAGACAGCAAAACAGUCGGCAGACCAGCGAAUACAUACGUGCUCGGACAGAAUCCAGAGAAGUAGAUCAUCGCCCGGAGAUUCAGCGUUUGGAUGCAUGAAAGCAACAGCUAGAUGGGACUGCAAAGGGAAAAAAGAAGUGAUGAACUUGCUCACAGAAUAACGUGUUUUUUCUUUAUUUAAGGAAGAAAAGAGAAAUCAGUUAGUGGCAAAGAAUGCCCAGCCCAGAUAUGUACAGAGAAGCAUCGCAUCAGAAGCUGUUGUCAUGAAAGCAGUAAAUGUUGGCCAUUCGAAAGCAAGAUCCUUUCAAGACAUCCACAUAUAUAUACAUAUAUUGUAUAUAUUAUGUAUAAUAUAUUAUAUAUAUGUUCUGAAGUAUGUUAUUGUUUUGGAUUAACUGCAGAGAACUUCUCUUACCUUUUUUAAGAGCAAGCCCUGAAUAUACAUUCUGCCACUGUUUCUUCAUCUGUCAUAAACACUAAGACCAGUGCUGUCUUGUUUGUUUAAUAUAAGAAAGAAGUCCACCAGGAGCAAAUUUAAUGCACAUGAAAAGGAAGUGAGGGGCAAGUAGCAAUAACUUUAGCUGUGUAUUGUGUCCAGCAGUGCUCUGUAUCCUUCCUUGUGCAUCCUUGGCAGUGCAGUUCAAUUCUCACCUGCAAGAUCGCAUGCUAUUUCAUUGUUGUUUCAUUCACCUAGCUGCCACGUGGAAGUCUUUUCUGUAUCUUCUGGUUGUUGAUUUAAUGCUGAGGCAGUUUUCCUUUGGAUUACUCAUGAAUUAUCACGUGAAGUUCGUGCCUGACCUUGCUUGUACCACAACUUGUGCAAGAUUAGUGUAUUUUAUUGAAUGGUCCCCAUAAUGUAUCCAGUGCAAGUAUGUGGACUUUCUGCUGAUGUUGGAUACACGUUAUUUUUCAUUCCAAAAUGGUGGAGGGUGAAGGAAACUUGGGAAGCAGGGUGGAGAAGAGGAGACUGAGGGGCACAGUACUAAAGGAGAGAAAGGAUGAAUUGUCAUCUGCUUAACUUGCAUUCCAGUCAUGCCUUUUUUCUUUUUUCUUUUAAGGUUCAACCUUUCUGAGAAGCCUAGGGUAAGCAGUAACUAGCAAAAAUUUAUGAUAUAAAGUGUUUCUAAGAUUGCAAUACUGUGAUUCAUCUGAGACACUUCUUGUUUAGAUGGUUACUUGUUUCUUCUAAAAUUCAACUGUUGGCAGUAGGUAAAACUUGUUUAUUGAAUUGGAUAUGUCUGCAAACAUUUUUUCUAAUAUUUCUUUGUUUAGGAAUGGUUUCACCUAAUUGAAGUUUUCUUUGUUUUAAUUUUACUUGCAAUUAAGAUAAAGGUAUUUUCUCUAAUCAAACUUGAAUUCUGCAGUAAUCAGUUAAAUAUCUCAAUACUUGUCUUCUUUAAUGAUUGGUGGUUAUUUUAAUCUGUGUAAUCCAUUAUUUGACGCCAGACUUGAACACUUUUUGCAUUAAUCUUGUUUAGCUGUACUCUCAAUUGAUUUAGCGUGGUUAACUUCAGAACAAAAGGCAAUAUGCUGCAGGCAGGUGGCUUUUAAAUACAUAUAACUAUGUUAUGCCAAACAAAGUCAGCACAAGUGCCUGGACUUCUUUAAUACUAGAAGUAACAGAGGGUGUUCCAGAUUUGAACCUUACAUUGCAAUUCUUGGAUCAAGCAAUGGAAUUACACUGACAUGUGGAAAACUGGUAACAAAACCAAUAUCUUUUCAUUAUUCACAAGUUUUAUGUCUGUGAUGCAUUUUCACUUAAUUUUAAGAGUUAUUAAUGAGGUUAAAGGAAACUUAGUAAUGUGAAAGGUUAAAGGAGACUUAGUAAUGGUUUUCCAGUUACUGUAUUAAGGUUUUAUUACACUUCGUUGAAAGUUAGCACCAAAGAUAACGUCAGUUUAAAAAAAAGACCAUAGAAGCUAACCUCUGCUGUUGGGCUUAGAGCAUCGACAUUAUUCAGGUGGAAUCUGACCAGGAUUAACGGGUGUUUUAUGAAAUGUAAAUGACAGUUCCGUGUUCAGCGCAGCAUGAAAUAAGUUUUUUGAAGUCAGUACAGUUGCUUUAGCCAUUCCAUUUUUCAGCAUUCCACUUGAAAGUAGCACAGACCUAUCUAGACUGGAGUUGUUAAAGACAUUAAAGCAGUUUGCAUAAACAUUAUUAAAAAAAAAAAAGGAAAAUGAAAAAGCCUUACUAAAAUACGCAACAUUUGUUCUGCAGAAGAUGGAUACUUUUGGAAUGGUACCCACAUCUGAAGUCAAGAAACAGACGUUAGGUGUAAGGAAAGAAGUCAGGGUAAGCAUAGGCUUUCCAUUAUGGGUAUAUCUUGAUGCUGGUUAAUGAAAGGAUGCAAUGGCGCAUAUGAAGGAGAAUGCCUUGUUCUUCUUCUGUAGUCCCUGAGAUGAUUCUGGUUUUCUAAUUUCUCAGAGGUAUGUAUGAGAGGUUUUGUGUGUCUGCAAGUUUAUGAAUUUGGUAUCUUUUAAAUCCAUAUACCUCUCCGUACCUGGACAAAAGGAUAACUUUGCAGGGCCUUUUCUGGAGUGAGAUCACAAAAAGCUUAUUAUCAUUAUCUGGAAUGGCAAAUGCUUACUUAGUAUGAAUGAUAGUUAUAUUUCUAAUAUUGCAUAAUACUUCAUCUUAUAGUGUAGUAGACCUGUAUGACUUUGAGUGCUUUUACACGGUAAAUAAGUUUUCCUGAAUUGAGAACAAUAUUUAUUACUUACAGCACUCAUGACUUGAGCUUAGCACAGCUUUCAGGGUAAAAUUCAAAGAGAAUAUGAUGUUUAAAUUUUUUAAAAAGAACUACUAUCUGAUACACUUUGUAAACAGGAAGACAAAUGUAAAUUUGUAAUUUCCUUAUUUUGGGGACCAAAGAUGAUUUUAGUAUUGUACAGUAUAUACUUUCUUAAAAUAUAAGUUAAGCAUUUAUUACUCUACAGAGACAUUAUUUGCUAUCUGGAUUAUAGAAAAGGGAAAUAAAGUAGCUAUGAGACAACUAAAAUUGAAACACUGAGUUCAUUUGAUAUAAGCAUUCUUAAUUCUCCCCCCUCUACAAUUUCAUGUGGUGCAUUAAAGAAGCGGUAAUCUUUCUUUAAGAUUGUUAUCUAAACUGCAGCCAUUAAAAGAGGAGAAUAUAAGAAAAAAAACUGAAAAUCUGUUACGGAAGAAAAUGAGUCAGAAAGGCUUUUUGAUUUGCUUUUUUGAAAUUUGCUUAGAAAAGUGGCACUAAGUUACUUCUUAACAGCCAGCUGGUCUUGGCUGGCUUUCUUUAGCUUCAAGUGUGCUGUUUAGCUCUACAAAGGAAUAAAAAAACCACUGUAAAUAGAACAAAAUGAAAGCUAAACGGAUGAAUCUUGUGGGAAUAGGAUGCUUGAAAUGGUAAUGGCAUUCUGAUUAAUCCUCUGAAGUCAAAUCUGAGCCCUCAGAUUUGCCAUUGCCAUGUAUUUCUACAUGCAGAAAUGGGGGUAAAUGUUGCAUGCUAUGCACAGGCAUUGAAAUAUCAGUUGAUGUGAAAUGAUUGGAGCAACAGUGUAACUGUUGUGUGGUGUUGUAAGAAUAGGUAUUUUCCUGUUAAUACUUUGUUCACUUUGGGCAGAUGUUCAGUUAGUUCAGAUUUCUCAUACAAACUGCCUGCUAUAGAAGUAGGUUUCCUAAAUGAUAAUUAAGAAUUUUUUGGCAGCUUAAUUGCUUCUUAGUUGAUUCCUUCUUACCCUCUGCUUGCUCCUUUCAUUCUGUAAAUUCAUGCUUCAUCUGUUGUGUUUUUUAUCUAGUUUUUGUUAACCAUUCUGCCUUGAAAUGUAUAAGUGACUUCUUCAAUCUGAAGAAGAUAAGGAUAUUGUGUUCCAUGUCCUGCCUGAGUACGGUACUCUUCCCAUCUUUGAUAGCUUAUGAUGUAAGGGGGUGGAUCUGCUGGGGGGGUAGGGGUAUUUUUUUUUUCUUUUUCAUUUUUUCCUUUUCCCCUGUAGGCUUUGAAAGCCAUCUGGCAUAAUACAGCUUGUGUUUCUUCCUAAAUUUCCUGUAAGGAGCCAUAUGCUCAGAGGUUAUUAUUAGCAUCAUCUGCCAUCUACCUCUACCUUUUCUGAGAGACAGGGUGCUGACCCUUGAGAUUUGAUGCCUAUAUCUCAGUCUGUACUGUCCAUCAUUGGCUUUGUAUACAGAAAUAUGGCAUCAGCAAUGAGCUGUGCCUUGGAAACAACUUGUCAUCUUCUGUUGUGUCUCGUAGGUGUGAACUGAAAUAAAAUCAGUAACGUGGGAUGCUUCUUUAUAGGCUUCAUCAUGUGAUUCAUUGUGCAUCUCAUUACAUUAUCUAAAUUGUUUUAAUGUAUCUAUUUAUAUUUCACUGUUAAGUCUAGAAAGAAGAGAGGAAAGCAAGGAAAAAUCCACUUUGUUAAUUAUGUAUUUCUUUUCCCCCCCAUGAAUUAUGUUGUACCAUAUGGUGAUUGCCCCUUCUUAGUGCAGCAGACUUGCUGCUUCUUAAAGAGCUAUGAACCACGCCAGGACAAUUGAUCCGCUAUAACCUGCGUGUGGACUGUUAAUAAGUUGAGUUAACCUUCAGUUUUCCAUGAACUUAUAGGACCCUAAACAGAUUUGACAUUUGCCAUCUUUGUGCUAUUUUGGGAACGUGUAGGUACAGAAAAUGCUUAUUUAAUAUAUGGGUUUAUUAAUGCAACCUUCCUCCCCACCCUUCAGUCCUUGUUCCGAAUCUGCUAUUUUCUUGCCUGUAAUGUAUUUGUAAGCAUUCCUAUUUGAGUAGGUUCUUUUUUUCUUUUGUUCCUUCUUUUUUAUGAUGGGGAAGGGAGUGCUAAUGGUGCAUAAACCUCUCUAUCUUAGUAGCAAUUCAAAUUGGGUAAAAAAUAAUGUGCUCUCUCCUGCUCAGAUGAAAUACUGAGCAGUUUUAUAUGUGAAAAUCAGUGCAGUCUUAUGCUGAAAGCUCUGGAGCCAAACAUCCUGAGUUAGGAUAGAUGAAAAAUGAGGUACAACUAUGAAUUUGAGAUGUAGUAAAGGGUCAGAAAAAGAGAGAAAACCAAACUUGAUGUUCAGUGACCUGAUGCUUUGAAAAUGAUGUAUGAACAUGAAUAAUCCCCUACUGCAGAAGGAAGGAUAUCCUCCUCACAUCUUAGUGGACCAAGACAUUUUGCCUUGGUUUAAAAAAAAAAAAGAAAAGAAACUAGGCUUGGAUGUGCUCCUCUCUCCCUAAUAACAGGGCUGUGCUGGCCUUACAAUACGGUAGGAGAAAUCUGACACCAACGUUAUUAAUGAUGUGCCUUAAAAUUUGAGUUAUAUUGGCAAAUCAAUGUGAUUAUCUAAUAACUUCUGCUCAGCUAAGUGUAGCACUUAGUUCUCAGUGGCCUGCAGGAUCCCUAGCAGCUUACAUCAGGAGGGCUCUCUGUCCCUGGAGGAAGGUGUUCUUCCAGGCUGGGAUUUCUGCCUAGUCCGACAGAGAUGAAUAAAGCUGUUGUGUAGCAUUCCUGCACCUGAGACUUUGAUUUUGUUGUUUAUAAGUUAAGAUGUUAUGGAUCGUUUGGAGGGCCUGUUAGCCAAAAAGAUCAAAAAGAACGUGCAGAUAUAGAUACAAAUUUGAAUAUUAAUGGCAAUGAGAGUAAUCGUUUACUAUGAAACUGAAAUGGGUACAAAACCCAACAGAAUGUUCUGCUUUUUGCCUUUAAUACUUCUUGGAAAAAGAGGUUCUAGCUUUAUUUUAACAGAAGGAGUUGAUCAAAAAUGAAUUCAUACAAAUAUUCAGGAAAUCUGAGUUUUUCCUGAUAUUUUCCCAUUUAGCCACUUAUUUAAAUCAAUGAUAGAGCUGGAGGAGCACUGCCCAGCCUGAGGAGGUUCCUUUGUUGUUUUGGUCUUAUUUUUGCAUUGUCUUUUGAAAACCUGUCUAUAAUUUAACCAUUUGUAUUCUAUAAAUAAUCUUUCUUUAAAAAAUAAUAAUCUGCUUACACUGUGAUUUAUAGAAGCCUUUAAUUUGGAAUAUACAACACAAUCCAAUUUUCUUUUGGGAGUAUUCAGCUUUAAGAAUUGUUCUUAUGUAUGCCCAGAAGUAAAAGCUGUCUGUUCAUCACAAGGAUGUGACUGGGUGAAGUUACCGAUCCAGAGUCUCAGUGCAGCUCUUUCAAACUCUGGUGCUGGGUGGAUGACGUGGUGAAAUUGCCCUUUAAUCUCUGUGGGUUAAUAAUUUUUUUUAAUUUUUUUUUUUAUUUUUUAUUUUAGUAAUUAGCCACAGAUAUUCCUUUUUAAAUUAUGCUUGGCAAACAGAAGUUAUUUAAUUUUAUAUACAAUAUACAUAGUUACCUUGAUUGACGUAUUUAUAACAGAGCUUUGAGUUUACUAUGAAGGUUUUAUCUGUAUACUGUGGUCUUCAUGGGUAGAAGUUAUAAAAAGCCAGUUAGCCUAUAUGGAAGGAUAUGCAAGCUAUCUUCAUAAAUUCAGAAGGAGGACAUCAGAGCAUUUCAAAAAGCAAUAGCCAGAUCUUACUAACAGAGUAUCUGUUUUUUUCUUGUUUUUGACUGGGGCUGGUCCCUGCAGCUAUUUUAGUAACAUCUGGAUGUGAGUAACAGAAUGAAAUAUGACUGUCUGCCUCUUCUGACUGUCAAGGACUAUUGUCUAGAAUAUGGGAAAUUUCAGGGUAUUGUGUUUGUUUUGCUUUGGACAAAUGUCUCAAUAGGCAUAAUUAGUUCAAACCUUCAUGUAUUUGAAAGAAAAUACCUUCUGUUAACUCGGCUGAUUUGUCACUUUGGUAACCUUCUAAUCUCAAAGGAUUACAGUCAAAGUACUUUUAGCAAUGCUACGUUUAUCCAGAUGUCUACAGAUUAAAGCGGUUCUGGCUAGCACCCUUUUAUUACAACAAUUGCUACCUUCAUUUUCUACUAUUUAUACUUUAAUCUCAAAUGUUUACCGGUUUCUACUUGUUGGGUUAUUGCAGAGGGAAAGUGUAUCUUAGCACUACAGUUCAUCCAGCUUUAACUCACGUCACAGUUCUAGAGUAAGAAGAUAUUGUAACUUACAUAUUGUGGCCAAUUAAUUGCAUUUUAAAUGAUUUCUGUGCUUAAGAUAUAACAGUUUUGACAUAACAAAUGACUUAGCUGAUCAUUUUAUCUGUCUAGACUUCCCUUCUGUGUUAGUGUCAUUUUGAAACUAUUUGUAUAUGUUGAAGUUUGUAAGGGUUCAGGAACCCACACUAAAAUAGUAAACUAUGUAUUUAUUUCUCAGUCUUCAAUUUAUUUGCUCAGUUAUGAUUUGAAAGUUGACACUUUGUAGUCUUUUCACAGAAUUGUACACAAAUACCGAGAUACUGCGUCACCUAGGGUGCCUUCCAUGUGUGGUAUAACACCUGUCAUUCACAGCAUUUGAGAUGUAAAUUUAUUAAACCAGUAAACACUAUUUUUGUAAUGCGAGUCCCUAUUAUAUCUGGUUUUGUUGUGCUUUGUUUCCUCGAAUGCAGUUUUAUUGCUACUAGUCAUUGUCUUACCUCUGUGUGCUGUGUAGUGAAUUUCUUCUCAUGGUGAAUCAGAAGAUUGUCUCAUUUUUUUGCCCUCCUCUGCCUUCAAGUGCUACCUGACAGAUGAAGUUGAAGCACUUUGCUGAAGUGAAGGUAUUUCAGCUCUGUUUCCUUGGCGUGUAUAAAGAAGUGCUCAGUGUGGGAUCUCUGUAUCCUUGGUGCUAAUUUAGGCUCCUCUAGAGAAACACAGUAGAUACAAUCUAAACAUUCCUAACAGUAGCUAUAUGUGUGCUUAAUGGUGCCUGAGGAUGGAACAUCUGGGCCUGGAUGUAAGACUUGUCCCUUGGGUAUAGUUCCUAUACUGACAGAUUCGUAGUUGUCAACAGCUCAGAAGUAUCAGUCAAAGGUAGUGGGUUAGAGUUCCAUCUUCGGGCUGAGCAAAGGGGAUGCAGUUUUCCUUCUGACUUAAGAGUAUGCUUCUGCUAUGUAAUACCCUUGGCGUUUUGCUUUUGAAGUACAAAAAAAUUGUAAUGUUUUGCCAGGGAGAAUCUCUUAAGUGUUCUGUAUGUGCUGCUGCAAAUGCAGAACCUGGCUCUGUUGUCCUUACUCAGGCAGAAUUCCUCAUUGACUUAAGAGGCUGAAGGAUCAGGGAUCCAUUUGUCACCAAAAGCGUGUUCUGAUUCAAGGAUGUGAAGAAUCUCACAAGCUAACAAAUGUUUGUAUAGAGCCCAUGCACAGCCUUGAAGCAAUCUCAUGCUAUUUGGUAAGUAUUUUUAGUGUCUUGAAUUAGAUUGCACACAGGCCAGCUGAUAAAAUCAGUGCUGUCUGUAGAAGUACCAACUGGCUGUGAUCACUGUCUUGUCGGUAUUAACAGCAGCAGCUUACACGUCUAAGCAUAGCCCUUUCCAGCUCUGCUUGUGAAUAUCAUGCUGUUAAUGCUUGGACAGUUUCAAAGGCAACUGUACAAGAAAACACAACCCCUGACUUUUUUCUUUUAUACCAAUAAUGGUUUUUCAAUAUGUUGUGCCCUUGUUUUCUGUUGGUUUAAAACUAAACAAAAACACAAAUUGAAGAAUCAUCUUGGAAUACGGCCGUCCUUAUUUUAAAAAUCUAUACAAUUCUAGCAUAAUUUAAAUGGUGUAUUUAUCAGUCUGAAUUGUCAGUUUACUUUUCCAGUCUUUUGUAUAUGGGCACGUUACUUUUAAUAAGUUUUUAAUUUAGAUGUCUUUGUCGUUUUUCCUUCUGGUAUUUGAAGAUUUUGAGCUCUGUGGAUUUUCAUGGUACUCUUCUGAUUAUGUCUUCGUAGUGUUUAAAGUCUGUAUUUUUGUAUGUAGGGAAAAUUGUAGUUUUCUAACACUUAUUUUGGUCUAUAUAGUAUGAAAUCAUUUGUGAAGGACUUCCUGUUUAAUAAAUGGACGUAUUAAAGUACUAAAA